AUGAAAGAAUAUAAUCGGACAAGAGAAACAAGUCCGGGAAUAACACGAACUUGACAGACCUUAUCUAUUUUGAAUCAUGUGCAAUUGCUCGAGCUUCACGAGCCAGAGUCUCUUAAAAACUUUGAAAGAGCAAAAAAACGUAAAACUGAAAUAUUUUUCCAUAUAAAAGAAUCUGGAAAUUUAGAGAAAAGUCACCAAAUUAUAAAAGUGUUUGACCCUGAAAAUUUUCUUACUCCCCCCCCCCCCUCCGUGAGCGAACAAAAAAAUUUUGUUCGCUCACGGAGGGGGGUUAAUUUUUUUUUUUAAAAAAAAAUUUAUAUAUAAAUUUUAUAAAAUAUAUUUUUUUCGAAAUUUAAAAAAAUCCUAAUUUGCAAAAAUUGGGAAGCAAAUAUUAAUUUAAUUUGCAAAAUUUAUGUUUUAAAACGCAAUUUGUUUAAAAUUAAAACAGAAUUAGCUCUAGAUUUCAUUAUACUAAUUAUCACUUAUAUAUCAAAAUUUUUUUCCAUUAAAAUUUUUUCUAUUAAAAAAAUUUUUGUUCACUCACGGAGGGUGGGUUUUGGUCAAAAAAUGGCGAUUUUUCUAAUGGUUUUGUUCGCUCACGGAGGGGGGGGGGGGGAGUUAGAGUUGUUUGAGAUGUUUUGAUCCUCGCUAUUACUACUUAUCAAUGCAUUAUAAUUCCUUUUAUUUUAUCAUUUAAUCCUAUGCCAAACCAUGCUGUACUUAGUUCUAUAUUCACUACAGAAAUUUUAUAUUCUAUAGAUGUCUUUAUCCAACUUAAUACAGCAUAUUAUCUUUACGGUGAAUACAUUAUUAGUAGAAAAUCUAUAAGCCUAAAUUAUAUGAAAAGCUGGUUUAUCUUGGAUUUUCUCACUCUGUCCCCUAAUUUUAUGUUUUUUCUUGAAGACAUUUUUGAGCCAGACGAAGAAAUACAGCUAAAAGAUAUAUUAACUUCUAAAAUUUUAAAUUAUAUAUGACUCCUUAAGCUUGCAAGGAUUGCCAAGAUGAAAAAAAUCAUGUACUUAGUUGAAGACUCUUUAUCAAGCCCUAAAUUUAUAGCAAUUGCCCAAAUUGGAAAAUUUUUUUUAGUAGCUAUUUUAUGGGCUCAUUGAAUCAGUUGCAUUACAUAUGUAUUUUACAAAGAUGCGUUAUUGCAUUAUGGAGAACUAUGAGCAUCAAGAAAAGAGUUUGUAAGUGACAGAUAUCUUUUUAUGCUUUUUUACGCAGUGUUAACAAUGACUUCGUGUGGAUAUGGAAGCUUCUUUAUAUCUUCGCCUUUACAAAUGAUAAACGCGAUGACCACUAUGUUUUUUGAAUGCUUCUUGUUCGGGUAUUUGAUAGGAAACCUCCAGACCAUUAUAGGCAAGCAAACAGCUAAGUCUAAGUACUAACUCCCCGUGAACGAACAAAAAAUCUUGUUCGCUCACGGAGGGGGUCAAUUUUUUUUUCGAAAUCCCGCUUCUCAAAAAUUGGAAGGCAAAUAUUAUUUAAUUUGUAAAAUUUUUGCUUUAAAACGUAAUUUGUUUAAAAUUAAACAGAAUUGUCUCUAGAUUUCAUGAUACUAGUUAUCACUUAUAUACAAAAUUUUUUCACAUAAAAAAUUUUUUAUAUUAAAAAUUUUGUUCACUCACGGAGGGUGGGUUUUUUUGGGCAAAAAAUAGGGAUUUUUUAAUGAUUUUGAUCGUUCACGGAGGGGGGAGUGAGAAAACGUCCAGGAUCAACUUCGAAAGUUCAUGUACCGGAAAAAUGUUCCUAAACUGCUCAGAGGAAGAAUAUCAGAGUAUAUUACAUAUCUUAAAAGAAGCAGCAAAAAUAAAUUUAAUGAUGAAGAAUUGCUCAAAUGUUUAAGUGCUCAGUUAAAAGACGAAAUUUAUAUACAAACUCGUGGACAGUCCUUAAACGAUUGUCCAGCAUUUGGCAUUUACGCUACAAGUUUUUUAAGGGCUUUAGGGAGAAAUUUGGAAAUCAAAGUCCAUGCUCCUGGCGAUUUGCUUUUUAAAGAAGGAGAAAUGAGCAAUGACGUGUAUUUUUUACAGAGCGGAACUGUUGAAAUUUAUCAUGAAUCUACUCGAACCGUUUUUAAGGAGCUUAAAAAAGGAAAAUAUUUUGGCGAAAUCUCUUUUUUUUUGGACUCUAUAAGGAGUGCUUCAGCUCGGUGUUUAGUUUAUAGUGAAUUGCUGUCUUUAAGUAGGUCUGCACUAAUGAGGAUGUUUAUAUCGAGGCCUAGAGAAAGAGAAAUCACAGAGCUGCUAAUAAAAGAAUGUAAAGAAGACCUUUCAGCCCUUGGAGUAAGAUGCUAUUUAUGUGCAACACUAGGACAUAUUGCUCGUGACUGUGAUCUCUAUAAGUUUCAGCUUGAUAGGAGCAAAAUUGCGCAGAUGGCUGAUAAGGAUAAAUACAGAUGAGGAACAUAACCUAAAUAUUGAAGUAAGCAUUCCACUUAUUAGAAGUCCAGUGCCUAAUUUCCUAUUUUUUUAUGCGUUAGAUUAUAGGUUUUUUCUUAUUUAAUUAAUUAGAAAAUACAUUAAUUUGAACGAUAGACUCAUCAAAAAAAUAGAAAGGAAACGAAAAAUUACCAACCAUUUUGAGCAUUUUUCUCUACAAAAUAUUAUUGGAAAAAAUGAGCCAAAAUUCAAGAGAGAAUCUAUGGCAGAAAAGGCUGAAAAACUAUAUGUUGAAAAAGACUUAAAUAAAAGUAGUUCUAAGCUAGCGUUAAUUCAAGAUGAAAGUGAAGAGGAAGUUGACCAACAGACUGCCCUUCCAGCUUCCAUGAGAUAUAGAGAAAUGUUUUUAAUUAAUUCCCUUACUCCUCUGGUUAAAUUAUAAAAUCUGCUAAAAUUUAAAGGGGUAAUUUUAUGAAAAAAUAUGCAAUUUUUAACAGUAAAAAAAAUUAUAAAACUUUAAUUUACUAAAUUAGAGUUUCUAUGUACAAAAUUAUUUUUUACCUACAGUUCCCAUUUAGGUUACUGAAAUAAAUACAAAAAAUGAAAAUUUUUACCAAUAUUUCUUCCAACAUAAAAGGAGAAGUUAAGAAUAGAACCAAUAAACAAAUUUCCGUAAACGUACCAGAUUUGUCCUAUAUCGCAGGUGACCAAUUUGGAGAUCUCGAGGAUUCACCAUAUUAG